CCACUUUCUUCUCAUCCCAAAACAAACUACAGACCAACAAAUUUAAAACCCUACUUGAAAAUGAGUCUAACGUCACUUGAAGACUACAUAAAAUAUAAGAAACGCAACAACAGUCAUUUCAUGUUGGUUGAUGGAAUGUCUACGCUAAUGACUGAAAAUGCUAAGAACUGUGAGUCAAUGAAUUUCCAUGCUUUUGGUCUCAGAUGGAAGUUCAAUAUCCGCUUAGAUCUUGUCAAGGACUACUUAUCCGCUUAUCUGACUAUCGCCGAUGAAAAGUGUACCGGUUCUAAUUGGGGCGUUACCUGCUGGUUCAACCUCAGCGUAAUCUCUCAGAUUGGAGACCUUGAUAUAUGCACGGCGUCAGUGUUCUCUUUCGACUCAAAUCAUGUAUCAUGGGGGGUAAGCAGCUUAAUCUCACAAGAGAUGUUGAAGCAGAAGUUUAUUGUGAACGACAAAGCGGUUUUCUGUGCCGAGAUAACCGGGGUCAUACCAUUAUUCCUCAAUGUUAUAAUAAACACCUUCUCUCCAACCAUGGGGACAGCAGAACGAGUUAAACUGAUGAAGGUGCCUCGGAAUAACUCUAGAUUCACAUGGAAGAUCACUCAGUUUUCCUCCUUCAGUGGUGAAAGUCAUUCGUCCUAUGAGUUCACCUGUGGACCACGGAGAUGGUACUUAGAGAUGUACCCUAAAGGAUACUUAGAGGGAAAAGGAAAUUCGUUGUCUUUGUUUCUGCAUGCGUCCGAUUUUGUGAGCAAAGCUCCAGUGGAAGCAACAUCGGCCAUCUAUAAACUGCGAGUGUUGGACCAACACAAGCGCAAUCACCAUGAAAUUAAUACCGCACAUCGGUUUACCUCCAAUACUCGCUGGGGCUUCAACAAGUUUUUGGAGCUAGGGGAACUCCACAAAGCUUCAAAUGGAUUUCUUGUGAACGAUGCGAUUUAUAUUGGGGUUGAGUUCUUAUCUAUGGCCACACGUGAAUAUCUCUGAAACGCAUUGAUGGAUUCGACCAGACCACAAGAAUGAAUACCUCAUCAGGAACUUGUCUACCUAUUAUUCUAUAGUUUGCGCAUCUUGAUGUGUGUCUAUAUAUCGUGCAAGUUUACAUAAAAGUAAAAUAAAAAGCGACAGAUCAAAUCAGUUGAUUGAUUGUAUUGUCUGCCAUGCAUGAUAAACAUUCAACUGAAUCAGUUGCUAUGUACUAUAGCUAGUAAGCUACUUGUGCACCUUUCUUUUUUAAUAAAUAUAU